AUGUCCACAAAUCCUUUCGAAACAAUAAAAUUGUUAUUAUUAGAUGAUAAAAUACCAAGACCUUUCGACACCACAUUAACAACGAACUUGACAUCAUCGUGCGCGCAAUUUUUUCAAUCAUUUUUAGCAAAUCAGGAUUUUAAUGAUUGUAAUUCAUUUGGUUUUCUACUACAAAACUCUCGUGAGUUUGCAGUGAAAUCACGUAAUGAUUCAACAAUUGGUAACUUGAUGGAAAAAAUAUGCAACAUUGAUAUUAAUAAUAAAUCUAUUGAUCAGUGUAAUCAAAUAUAUUUAAACUAUGCCGACAACGUAACUUUGAGUUCUAAUUGCGGAGUUGAUUUCCAAAAUGCAAACCAGGUUGUAAAGGAAGCUUUUACGGCAUUCAAAAAUUAUCGAGUUAUGCAAAUUGUUGGAUGUUCCAAAAAUUCUACAGAUAUUUAUUGUUAUCGAGAUGCUUUGAUUAAUGGAUUAGGAUUAGGAUUAUUCUAUUUACCUCUUGGUAAUCAUCAAAUUAAUUAA